GAGAGUACGCCUGUCCGCGCAGUGUUCCGCCCUCAUGAACUUCUGGAGAUAGGAACCCCGCUGCAAACCUAGGCUGCUUCAUACCGCUUCGGUCUCCGGCCAUCUUCUCGCCUCUUGUUUUUUAGAGGGUCGUUAAGGAAUUAAUGAUCCGAAGGCACCACCGUACCUCUCCAUCAAUUAAUUCGGCGUUUACAGUACAUGCUUUACACCUGGACUUCCAUUGCGUGUGGAGAGCUCGCACUUUCUUUUGUCAUAUUUACUUUUCUCGAGGAUACUACCUGUACCCCUACUGAUGGUAAGCCCCGCUCAACUUCAUAUCUGUGGCAUGUUCGAAUGCGAUUAAAUUGACAUAACAAUAUAGCCUAUAAAAUUACGGUCAACUCUAUCCACGUAGCCUACAAGAUUAGCCUACAAAGUUGCAGUAGAAGGCUCAGAUGGGCUACAUUUAUAUUUUGUUAUAAAUAAAUGUAAAUGAUUGAAAUAGCAUAAUUGAGAAUAUUAGCCUAUCAACACAGUCUCAUGUUCGUGAUACUGAACAUUAAAUGUAUCCCAUUGCAUUUAAUCCGAUUACUGGAGAUACUUCAUUAAAAUAAUUUGACCCGAAGUGAAAUACAUUGAUUACCGUAUAUCCUGACGCACGCUAGGACAAUGGUGCCAGAACGUGUUAAACAGUGAACAACGAAUAAGGUCAUUUUCUGCUAAAGAAUGUUACGAAGACUUACUUUUGGAGUUUUUAACUGUUGCAACUUGCAUAAAUAGAUUAUGAUGUUGUUGUUGUUUUUUUUAUAAAUUGGCACUGGGUUAGACACCUGCACGAACAGUAUUGUGCGCGUAUUUCCUAUUUGGUAACCGUUUGGAAUGGCUACACUCACGUUUUCAUCAAAACAUUUAUCUCCAGGUUGUUACUGAUUUGUCAGAUUUUGGACUUAGUCCAUAUAUAGGCCUAUAGUCGAAGCCUACUUUCAUUGAUUAGACACCCCUGGACAAAGAGACACUGGUCUUCCAUGCGUAAAUUUAGCUAUGCUACACAGUUCAAUUAGGCUAUUUUAGAUUUCUCAAAUGCCAAAGCCUAUUUGUUAAAUUUUUUAAUGAUAAUUUCGAUACCCAAUUGUGAUUUAAGAACAAAUGCCUGGAUUUAAAAACGUAAUGGAAACAACAAUCUCCAACGUGUUAUGAGAAUAAAUAAUGUAGGACCAUUGUUUAUCUCUACCGCUACUACAAACAAAUGGCUUACAUACACAAAUGAAUCAAGAUCCAUGUAGCCUAUCGAAUUUAGACGUUUGUGUAGAAAAUCUCAUUAAUACAAUGAGGGACAGUAGGUUUACCGUAAAUAUUUACAGGCCUACGGACUCAAUCUGGCCUCCUGCAGCCAUUUACACUAGCCUAUUCCAAAUUGUUAAAUCAUUACAUUACUCAUUUGUUUGAAUUGAUGACUAAUGACUCCAACAGAAUUCCACAGUUUACAGCAAGUUCAUUCUAAGAGAGCAUUUGGGCAUGAAGCUGACAGUAAGAGUAAACGUAUCUGUUCUUAAUUUUGCUUGCUAAGUACAAACAGACCGAUGCUUAGGCCUAUAAUUUAGAAAGAAGAACAAGAAACAGCAAAGGGGAAAAAAGGGAUGAAAACAUAUUUUUUUAUCAUUAGCGGUUAUAGUUUUAUCAUUCAACAAUAACUACGAACCUGCAUUGGCGCAUGCUUCAAUAACUUUGCUUUCACAUCAAACUGUUGCUUGGCCCUGAAGAUAUGGCCAUUCACUUUUAUUAUAACUUCAAUUGGGAAAAACACUAAAUAAUGUAUAAUUAACUGAUAAGAAGGUUAAAAUAUAAAAUACGAGUUUGACAGAUAAUAGAUCAACUGAUAAUUAUUGACUAUGUUUGGAGACAUAACUGGAAACAUCCAUUUGUAGUCUUAGAACUGUCUUCAAAAGCAUGUUGCUGCUGUUCCUGUACACUACUUAUUGUCAGAAAUAAGUAGAGCUAUCAUGCUUUACCUUUAACCAAGUAUAUGCCUACCCAUAGAGUGUACCUUGCUUUUUUAAAAUGAAUACAAAAUGUCCACUGUAUGAAAAAGAAACAUGGAAUAUGAAUGCUUCUGUGAACUUAAUACCCCCCCCCCCCCCCCCCCCCCCCCAUCCCUGUCAAAUUCCUCAGGAAACACAUCUAAAGGGCCAUGUGCAUAGUCUGAUCACAUUAUCUCUGGUUAGAGAGAGGGAGGGAGAGAAAAAGAGGGAGGGGAGAGAGGUUGGGGGGGGGGGGGGGGGGGGGGGGGGCACAGAGAGAAUGAGGGAGAGGAGUCAAAUAAAGGCCUAGGGAGGAGGACUAGCCCAAACCAGAGGAAGCAAACUGCCCAGGCCUAAUUGCACCCUGGGCUACAGUACAUUCAUUGCAAAAUGUGGCGCUGUCUCUCGUUUAGUCCAAAACUCAGACUUUGAAUUUUACACUUUCUCCCUAACUGUCCCUCUCCCCUACUUUAGGCCUGCCUCACAGCUGGUGAGCUGAAUAACCCCAAACAAUAAAAGUGUUCAAACAUAUUGUUAUUUAUCCUUUUAGACACCCUCUUAUACAGCGGUUAUUACAAUAUAAGAGCAGAAUGAGGAAGAAAUGUGAUGAGCAUCAUUGUUGGUUACAUCCCUAUAUGUUCUUUAGAACAGCUACCACAGUCAUUUUAUUUUACAUUUGACUCAUUUAGCAGACACUCUUAUCCAGAGUGACUUACAUGAGCAAUUGGGGUUAAGUGUCUUGCUCAGGGGCACAUCAACAGAUUUUUCACCUAGUCGGCUCAGGGAUUGGAACCAGCAACCUUUCGGUUACUGGCCCAACGCCCUUAACCGCUAGGCUACCUGCCGUAGGUCAUCAACAUACUUGGUGAAUCCAUCAACUUAAUAAGUGGCUCUGUAAUAUAAGUUCUGUAGUCACUGUUUUGUUUUUAGCGGUCUGAUUCGCUGUAAUCAUGGGAGAGGCCACUUGGCACAAUGAGCGUUUGUUGUCAGAGAUGCACACACACGUUAUCCCUCCACCCCAUGGGUAAUAGAGCUGAUCAUUUUCAGAACCCUACUGCCUCUUCGCCAUGGUUCUCACGGACUGGUAGACACACACACACACACCAGUCAGUACUCACACAACACAGGACCUUGUGUCACGACCAAGAACACAAGGUCACACAAAGGUCAAUGUCUAAUUUUGUUACAAAAAAAGUUUAAAGAUUUCCUUGAUUACAUGUACAGUGAGCCAUGGAGGGAAAAAAGAUAAACACUGAGAUAUGAACCCAGACACACACACACACACACACACACACACAGUGAGUGUACACAUAAUGUUCUUGUUAAUGUGCAUCUUUGCUGUUGUAAUGCUUGGUCCAGUUCCAGUAGAAUGGGCUCCAAACCGAUGACGAAAUGCUCACGGAGUUGCUCUCACCCAUUGAGUUGAAGCGUCUGCUCUGUGGCACUGUUGUUUUCCCAGGCCCUAUUUUACAAACACUCGUUAAUUUUAUUAGUGUGAUUCAGUAAUGUGUGUUUAAGCAAGAGAUUCAUUAAGGCCAAGUCCCUCUUGUUGUGAUGUCAUAGAUCCACAGAAUGGGCGUAAACCAUCUACAGGACAGAACACUGUGUAUAGAGGGAUUGGAGAGAAUUGUCUCAGUUCUAGAACUGCUUUGCUGUGACAGUCUGGUGUGAAUUGUAUUGGAUAACAAGAUUCUUGUUGUUAAUAUACUGCAGUGGUGAAUUCUUGUGAAGUCUGGCUGGUCUGGAAAAACAAGGUUCUAUUCAAUUCAAUAGAUCUUUAUCGUCCCCGAAGGGCUACUUGUGUGCAGCGUAAAAAUACAUGUACAUAAAAACAUUCACACAGCCAAUUAUGCUUUUGAUCAGGUUUGAAAACAAACCUCCAGGUGCAACAGACUCAUAUCACACAGGUUUGAGACUACAGUAUAGAAAUGCAGUGAUCUUCUUUGAGACAGGUCCUCUGUAGCUCAGCUGGUAGAGCACGGCGCUUGUAACGCCAAGGUAGUGGGUUCGAUCCCUGGGACCACACGUACACAAAAAAAAUUAUGCACGCAUGACUGUAAGUCGCUUUGGAUAAAAGCGUCUGCUAAAUGCCAUAUUAUAUUAUUAUAAAGAUAGUGUGUAAGUACAUACAGUAUGUCUAACUUACACUAUAGUAGGCAGGACAGGAGGACAGCAUAUAGAAAAGCAUUAGUACUUGUCUGAGUCCAUGGUGGUUGGCCUUGGGCCUAUUGAUGCCAAUGUGGUCAAAUAGCAGAGCAGUAGGCCUGUCAUCAGCGGCUCCACAGAUCUCAGUGCAACUGAAGGAAGGAGGGUGGGAGGACGUGGGGUGGGGGGGAGAAGAGGGUCUCUUCUUGAUGGGUGCACUUAGAUGGGUGUUCACACAGGUCGGGGGGUUGCUCUUUAAGUUUCUAGAUCAAGCGGUUUUGGCCUCCUUUGUUGAGGCCAUUGGGAUGCAGAUUAAUCCACUACUAAUCAAUACAGAGCAAUCAUGAACCAUCUGAUAGCUGGCCUUAAUGAGGAGGGAGGACAAGAGAGGGUCCAUCUACUCUGCCUGUCUGUUUUGCAUAGACACGGCAGUGUUUAUGUAAAUGUAUGCUCUCUACAAUGACUUGGUCCUACUACCUCAACGAAAAAGCAAGACAAUUUUGUUUUUCAAUUGACAGACGAAUUGCUUAUGAAGUGUAGAUGGAUGUUGUGGCUUGAUCUCUUGAAAAAUAUGUCUGCUAAAGUCUGAAGAUUUUGGAGUAAAACAUUUGAAAAUAAUAUUGUUACAUUAAAUGUUUUUGCUGUUUAAUUUUCUGUCCUAUUUAAUGUGUGGUGUCUGAAAAGGCAUCAAACUUCUGUGAACUGCUCUUAGUCGGUUUCCCUGCUCUGACUUGCCAGUUACAGAAAAGAGAACAUUAGCGUAACCUUUUACCCCACUUGUCUAUGUGAAAAUCCUUAAAGAGAGACUGGGUUACACACACACUCACACAUACAAACAUGUUAAGUCAAAGCCAGAAGUAUUUUCCUCUACGCUGGCUAGACUACAAUGACUACAAUGUCCUUUUUCUCUUCUGUGAAUUUCAGGAACAGGGUCACUCCAACGCUCUCAAGCAGCCCCCCAGCACCACAUAACAUUUCCUUGAGGAACGCGUCCAUUGCUGGCUCCCAACAAACAUGGACUGUUUUCCCAUGCUUUAUUUUCUGUCGGUAAGUGGACCACGCUAAUUCAAUUUAUGCCAUGUGACACCAUUGCCACAGCUUUCUGCAUUUCUCCCUUAACUUUUCUCAGAACAUUGAUUUGAGGUUGGUCAUAUUUUAAUGUUAAAUAACUCGAUGGCACUACUGAAAAGGGAAAGCGUCUAGUCUGACUUUUACAGAGAAAAUGUUGGUGGAAUGUGCGGCACAUGGUCCUUUCAUUGACUCCUUGGUCGGGUCAGACUUAUGAGGGACUCGGCUACUUAACGAGUUAAGAAUUUGCUUUGACCCCAGGGCUGUUUCUCCUAUGUGUCUAAUCAUAGUGGAGGAGAGAGAGAGAGAGAGAGGGUAAAAAGAAUGGCCCCAAGAUUCCAUUCAAAAAUCUGUGUUUUUAAACCAGCUGUUUACUCUUGGAGGAUGUCGCCAGAGAUAAACUGCAUAGGGAGGAUAUCUGAUCGGAGGCCAUUUCACUGUAAACAAGCCAGACAGGUAAAUUAUAACCAAUUAGAGGACAUUUACAGUGAGAACAUUAGUGAAGGGUCCUACAGGGUGGAGGUUAUGUUAGAAAAAUAAGGAGAUAUAGGAAGGGUAGACAAAUGUUGAAUGUCACAUAACAGAGGUCUCUCUCUUUCUUUCUAUUCACUCUCUCUCACACACUUCCUGUCUUCUUUUAAACACCCUACCUCUACCAACCACGUACUGUGGCUUGCGAAAUUAUUCACCCCCCUUGGCAUUUUUCCUAUUUUGUUGCCUUACAACCUGGAAUUAAAAUGGAUUUUUGGGGGGUUUGUAUCAUUUGAUUUACACAACAUGCCUACCCCCCCCAAAGUCAAUACUUUGUAGAGCCACCUUUUGCAGCAAUUACAGCUGCAAGUCUCUUGGGGUAUGUCUCUAUGAGCUUGGAACAUCUAGCCACUGGGAUUUUUGCCCAUUCUUCAAGGCAAAACUGCUCCAGCUCCUUCAAGUUGAAUGGGUUCCACUGGUGUACAGCAAUCUUUAAGUCAUACCACUGAUUCUCAAUUGGAUUGAUGUCUGGGCUUUGACUAGGCCAUUCCAAGACAUUUAAAUGUUUCCCCUUAAACCACUCAAGUGUUGCUUUAGCAGUAUGCUUAGGGUCAUUGUCCUGCUGGAAGGUGAACCUCCAUCCCAGUCUCAAAUAUCUGGAAGACUGAAACAGGUUUCCCUCAAGAAUUUCCAUGUAUUUAGCGCUAUCCAUCAUUCCUUCAAUUCUGACCAGUUUCCCAGUCCCUGCCGAUGAAAAACAUCCCCACAGCAUGAUGCUGCUACCACCAUGCUUCACUGUGGGGUUGGUGUUCUCGGGGUGAUAAGAGGUGUUGGGUUUGCGCCAGACAUAGCAUUUUCCUUGAUGGCCAAAAAGCUCAAUUUUAGUCUCAUCUGAACAGAGUACCUUCUUCCAUAUGUUUGGGGAGUCUCCCACAUGCCUGUUGGCAAACACCAAACAUGUUUGCUUAUUUUCUUCUUUAAGCAAUGGCUUUUUUCUGGCCACUCUUCUGUAAAGCCCAGCUCUGUGGAGUGUACCGCUUAAAGAGGUCCUAUGGACAGAUACUCCAAUCUUUGCAGCUCCUUCAGGGUUAUCUUUGGUGUCUUUGUUGCCUCUCUGAUUAAUGCCCUCCUUGCCUGGUCCGUGAGUUUUGGUGGGCGGCCCUCUCUUGGCAGGUUUGUUGUGGUGCCAUAUUCUUUCCAUUUUGUAAUAAUGGAUUUAAUGGUGCUCCGUGGGAUGUUCAAAGUUUCAGAUAUUUUUUUAUAACCCAACCCUGAUCUGUACUUCUCCACAACUUUGUCCCUGACCUGUUUGGAGAGCUCCUUGGUCUUCAUGGUGCCGCUUGCUUGGUGGUGUCCCUUGCUUAGUGGUGUUGCAGACUCUGGGGCCUUUCAGAACAGGUGUAUAUAUACUGAGAUCAUGUGACAGAUCAUGUGACACUUAGAUUGCACACAGGUGGACUUUAUUUAACUAAUUAUGUGACUUCUGAAGGUAAUUGGUUGCACCAGAUCUUAUUUAGGGGCUCCAAGGCAAAGGGCGUGAAUACAUAUGCACGCACCACUUUUUCGUUAUUUAUUUUUUAUAAUAUUUUAAUAAGUUAAAUAAUAAGUUAUUUUUUUCAUUUCACUUCACCAAUUUGGACUAUUUUGUGUAUGUCCAUUACAUGAAAUCCAAAUAAAAAUCCAUUUAAAUUACAGGUUGUAAUGCAACAAAAUAGGAAAAACACCAAGGGGGAUGAUUACUUUUGCAAGGCACUGUAUUUAUUUUAGCUCUGUCUUUGCCUUCCCAGAGACAUCAUGAUUCCUGGUAAUCGAAUGCUGAUGGUCAUUUUAUUAUGCCAAGUCCUGCUGGGAGAGAGCAUCCAUGCUAGUCUGAUACCUGAGGAAGGGAAGAAGAAAGCCCCGGGCCUGCAGAGUCGGACGGCUGGUCAGAGCCAUGAACUGCUGCGGGACUUUGAGGCCACGCUGCUGCACAUGUUUGGGCUGCAGAGGCGACCGCGGCCCAGCCGCUCGGCCACCGUGCCACGCUACAUGCUGGACCUCUACCGACUGCAGUCGGGUGAGGCCGAGGAGGCCGGUGCUCAUGACGCCGCCUUCGAGUACCCCGAGAGGUCGGCUAGCCGCGCCAACACCGUGAGGGGCUUCCACCAUGAAGGUAAAGAGAGAGCGAGUGAGUGGGUAAAUGUCUGUCUGUCUGUACAGAGGACCACAUUGGUAAUAACUGUUGUGCAAUACCUUAAUGCCUUAUCCUCAGACCCAGGGCUAUGCCCCAAAUCUAAUCAAUAUAUUGAUCAGAAAGAGAGAUAUGCAUGGAUUAUGAGUACAUGUGGAUAUCCAGAGGUGAUAUAACCUUCUCUCUGGUAAGUAUGGGAAAAGUGCAUAUUUCAUGGAGCGUACAGUUACAGUGCAUGUCUAUAACAUAUGCCCCAUUAUAGAAUCCAUGUACAGAGCUCUAUAUAGAAAAUAUACAGUAAGUCAAGGUAAUUGGCCAACCAGCACCUGAAACAGCAAAUGGUUUGGAAUGCACUGCCUUCCCUAAAAAAAAUAUUGAACCAUUUUUAUUUUCUGGACAUCAACAGUCCAUCCCCAUUUAAUAACAUUCCAAUAGUGAUGGCAGCAACACAUAUCUCCCACCACGUAUUUUAUUAGCCUGGGUGUGGACCCGUAAGCAAAGAAUCCCCAUCUCUCAUCAAAAACAAUAAUGGGAAAAUGCUACAUUUCCUACACCACUUAAACAUAAAUAUAAGACAUCCCCUCCCACCUUCAACAUAAACUAUGAAAUCUAAGGAUGUGGUCACAAAAUGGUGGCCAAAGAGGGGGCAAGAAUUCAGUCAGACAAUUUCCCCUCCUCCUGAGAGAAUCUGCGGUCCGACAAAGCCAGCUGCGUGUUUGGUUAGCAGCUCAAGGAAAAGCAUACCUUAAUAUUAUUGAGUUACACUUCUCACCCCACCCAGCACAAGGGCUUAAAAAAGCCUUUGGCCAGCAGUAGUGUGCCUCUCUCUCUCAUGUCUCCAGUUAAGAUGGAGCUAGGGCCCUUUAAGAGGGACCUUCCUCAACAAGCAAUUAUCUUUAACGCUACUCUGCAGCCUUCUAAAUAAAGUCCCUCCUGCCAACAAUGUGGGCACUGGGAGCAGAGCAGACAGACUGUAGAACUCUGCAGAGCUGGAGUGCAGACUCUCUAACUUAACUUUUAACGAUAAGAAAAUAUCAUACAAUUCCACGUCAAUUCACAAUGCAGAAUAAUGGUCCUAUUACGUACUGUAUGUAUGACUGCUAGGCCCAGGCAAUUAAGUUAUAUCUACCACAAUUAUAUGCCCGUGAAAGCGCCUCGGCUACAGCAUGUUUGUUUCUCUGUAAGGGUACACUACUGCUUUUUAAAUGCAGACACGAAAUCCUCUCUGAAGUGGGACUAACGUCCAUCACUAUGCGACCAGAACUGUCAAUCAAAUAAUCUCGUGCUGCCUGCUCGCAGACCACUCUCUCUUAAAAAAGUACUUUAAAGUUUGUUAAAUACCGUGACUUACCAAGACAUUUAGUAGAAAUAAAACACAUCUUCUGCUAGUAAUCGACUCCUAAGCUUCAGUAUUUUUGGAACGGGGGAGACUGAUUAGUUGCCGUACUUCCGGGAACACAAACACUCACAUUUUUCAUAGAGAGCUAGCAAAGGACAGAGAGAGAGGGGAGGGGCACAAUAUAGGCAGGUCGGCCACCAGGCAGAUGGAGUCAGAACCGUGCACUAGCCCUAUCUAUCGGCAAUCCAAAGCUGUAUCUCACAAAUGAAAUGCUAUAUUUGGACAUUUCUUGGCUUGCGAUGUCUCGCAACUUCAGUAAAGCAGGGCCUAUCAUCAAUGAAUAGGCUAGGAUAUUCUACACACAACAGACCGAAGACUGAACACACUCUUGCAUCAUUAGCGAAGAGAAAGAGCAGGUGAGCCACCUGCACUGUGAUUAAAAUUUUGUUGAGGAUUUUUCUUAUUUAUUUUUUUUAAGUUAAAGAUCCCAGUUUCAUUUUAACGUUUAAAUGUUCACACCCCUACAUGGUAGUCCUUGGUUAUCCAUAGUUUGUGUAAGAGAGAUACGUUAGCAUGGAUGCUAAAUGUAUACUGAGAACUAUACAAGAUGUAAGUGUAAUAUGGAUAGCCCAGUCAGAAAUAACCGUUUUAUAACAGAGAGGUAAACAUGUAGGCUAUUUAUGUGCAGUAAGAACCUUCCCAUAACAUAUGUGGCUAAAGUAUGUGCUCUAAAUCAGAUAUUUGUCUUGUGUAAUCCAGAGAUCAUACACAGUGUGACAGUAGUGUAUUAUAGUGGAUGGAGGGCUGGACGAACAGGCAGAGCUGAAGGGCUGAAGAAGAACAUGUCUUCCCUCGGGGGAGUAGGGAUUAGUCAGCCUUAAUGGGGCCUGUCUAACACACUGUCUAACACCGCACAGCACAGAACCAAGGCCAUUCAGGAACAAGGAGGCUCAGCUGCCUGUCUAUGAUGCAAUGUGUGUGUGUGUGUGUGUGUGUGUGCUGUCUUGAAGAUCUGUUUCUACUGCUCUCUUUGGGUGUUUUGUUUCCCACUGUCAAGCUAUGCUAAUAACAUGCUUGGAGCCUUUUUUUGAGCGGGAUAAAUAAGAUCAAACUAAGUUGUUUGUUUUAAAUUCCAUUAUAUAACGCUUCAAUUUAGUCCAUUUUUUAGGAUCACUACAAGGUAAUAAGAUUCUUAGUCAAGACACCAAGUUCAAGUUUACAAUGACAGAGCUAUGGAAGGAAAACUAUGUGAAAAGAGAAACAUGUUAGUGUCACGUUGGGAAAAACUGUACAGGGACAAAUGAGGUUAAAGAUGCAAUUACCCACUGAAUACUCCAGGAAUUCAAACAAUUGUAAAAAAAAAAAAAAAAGUGUUUUUCAGGCCUCCACUUAGUCUUAGCUGCCUAGCUGCUCCACCACCAAAGGAUUGUCUGUGGGAAUCCGUAAUGAUUAUUCAUGAUGAAAAUGAUAAAUGUCCCCAGUUAACAAACUGCAGAGCCAAUCAAAAAACACAGCAGGUUUUAAUAAUGAGAACCACCUGGGUAAGAUUAAGGCCUGGGUGUGAAAUAACAGGGCCAGAUUGAGCAGAAAAAUAGUAGACACAACAUUCCUUUCCCAACAAUGGUGAUCUUGCCAGAAAUCUGCAGACUGUGCAAGGAAUAGCUACCCUCUACUAUGUUUAUACUGUAGCUGCGGUACGUUAAUCACCACCCUCUAAGUAAUGCAUGUUUCAGCAAAGUGCUCAGAGAAAGGCAUUGUGGGAAGUCCUGGAAGAUCCUUAUGGAUAGGUAAGGAAGUAUAGACAAUGUAUAUUUGUACGCUCAGUCCCCGGAGGCUAUCUCAAGCGAACUUGGACAUUAUUUUGUGUCAAUUAAAGCAUGUUACACUGAAGAUUGACAGAAAGGGAACUGAUUUAAACAACCGACGGUGUAAUUGUUUUGGAGGGAACAAGUGAAUAGUAACAAGAGGGAAGGGAAGGGAAUAUCUUACCAAAUUUUUCAUGCAAGGUCCUUCAUUUGAGAGCUCACAGAGGUCAACAGUUUGUUCCCAUUGAACUGGAAUCUGAAGUUCAAGGAUGAACUCUUAAAUCAAACCUAUACAGGCUUUCAUUAGAGUCAAGAUGGCAGCCUGUACAGACUCCCUUGGUAAAAGUGCUGACAUUGACUCUGUCCGGUUUUCUUUCUCAGAACACAUGGAGCGGGUUCAUCCGGGCGAGCUUCAGACGAAGAACGGCGAGGCCGUCCCGCUGCGCUUCCUCUUCAACCUCAGCAGCAUACCAGAGGACGAGCUGCUCUCGUCGGCCGAGCUGCGUCUGUUCCGGCAGCAGAUCGACGAGGCCAUUUCGGGAAGCGGGGGGGACAAGGAGGGGCUCCACCGGAUAAACGUGUACGAGGUGCUGAAGCCCCCGCGGGCCGGGCAGCUAAUCACGCGGCUCUUGGACACGCGGCUGGUUCGCCAUAACGCCUCGCGCUGGGAGAGCUUCGACGUGAGCCCCGCCUUGCUGCGUUGGACACGGGAGCGCCUACCCAACCACGGGCUGGCUGUGGAGGUCCAGCACCUCAACCAGACACCGCGCCACCAGGGCCGCCACGUGCGCAUCAGCCGCUCACUGCACCAGGAGCCCGGAGAGGACUGGGAGCAGCUACGCCCCCUGUUGGUCACCUUCGGCCACGACGGCAAGGGCCACCCGUUGACACGCCGGGCCAAGCGCAGCCCAAAGCAGCGGGGGCGUAAGCGCAACCGCAACUGCCGCCGUCACGCGCUCUACGUGGACUUCAGUGAUGUAGGCUGGAAUGACUGGAUAGUGGCGCCCCCAGGGUACCAGGCAUACUACUGCCAUGGGGAGUGCCCCUUCCCCCUGGCAGACCACCUGAACUCUACCAACCACGCCAUCGUGCAGACGUUGGUGAACUCGGUGAACACCAACAUUCCCAAGGCCUGCUGCGUGCCCACGGAGCUCAGUGCCAUCUCCAUGCUCUACCUGGACGAACACGACAAGGUAGUCCUAAAAAACUACCAGGAAAUGGUAGUGGAAGGGUGCGGCUGCCGCUAACACUGACUAUGGGCAACUUAAGGCAGGCAGCACAGACGCUAAGAAAAGACCCCACUUUACUCCCAAAAAUCUUCACUUGGACCUUUAUUUAUAACUUUUAUGUUGCAAUGUAUGUUUGUCAAAUAUUUUGGUUUCCUUGACAAUAUGAUCA